AAACUAGUACCUGUUAUUUGAACUACUGUAUUAUUUAUACUAAUUCUAAUUUCACAAAAACUGUACAAAAUUUCAAAAUCCCAAGAAAUAAGCUGGCUUAUUGAUAAUGUUUUUAUGAAUAACGUUUUAUUCUGUUUCUUGCAGAACAAGAUAAAACAAAAUAGUUUAAGUUAGCUAUUUUAUAUUUUGAGGUGUAGGCGUAACGACUGUAACAGUAAUUUUGAACUACAGCGAUUAAAUAUCAGUUUUGCCUAUUUUUGAUACGUUUUAAUUUACAGAAUCCUAUAUAUUUUUCAGAUUUUGUUGAAGUAUUUAAUACUUUUUUGAAGUUAAUGUAAAAAUUUAUAGUUUACUUUUCGAGGAAUAUAUAUAACCUAUAAAAACAUGUGGCCGGAAAUUGAUAAAGUUGAAAAGGAAAAUCGACAUGAAAUUAUUUUAUCAGGAAAGGAAAUUAGUUCCAGAAUAACUAAAGAUGGACUAGAUCACAAACUUUUUACACUAAAUUGUUUAAAUUAUUUGAAUAUACACGAAACAGAACUGUCUGAAAUUCCGGAUGCCAUAAGUAAUUUAUGCAAUUUACAAACUUUGGUACUGCAUUCCAACAAAUUGGAGGAAAUUAAUGUGAACGUAUCGAAAUUAAAUAAACUUAAAAUCUUAGAUUUAUCUAGAAACUUUCUGAAAUGCAUUCCAGAAAGUUUUUCUAAUCUACCGUUAGUUACGUUGAAUUUAAAUAGUAAUCAGUUGAAUUGUUUUCCUGUAUUCACAAAUGCUGUGAAAUUGACGGUUUUAGAUCUAUCUAAUAAUAAAUUAAAACAAUUUCCAAUUUGCUCCAAAGAAAUGGUCAACUUAACGGAAUUGAAGUUACAAGGAAACGAAAUAGAAGAAAUAGCACACAACAUAAACAUUUUACCCGUUUUAAAAUUACUAGAUAUAAGUAAUAAUAAGUUGAAGACACUUCCUGGGGAGCUAGCAGAUUGUCUCAAAUUAAAAGAUUUAAAUUUGAAAUCAAAUCCAAUAUUGGAUAGAAGACUGAUGAAAUUAAUCGAUCAAUGUAGAACAAAACAAGUUUUGGAUUAUGUGAAACAACAUUGUCCAAAGGUCGUUACAAUUGAAAAUGCUGGGAAUACGAAGAAAAAAACCAAAACUAAACAGAAUCAUGAUGUUGAAGAAGAAUCUUCGAUCGAUUACAAAUAUAAUAUAAACGUUAAGGCUGCAACAGAUGAGUUCAAGGUACUGAUAAUGGAUAGUGUAAAAUCUGUAAGGGAGCAUUUUGUAGCAUGCAUAGUGGAUAAUGUUUCAUUUACUGAAGAUACAUUCAAAAAAUUUAUUCAAUUACAAAAUAGAUUACAUGAUACAGUAUGUGAAAAAAGGAAUUUGGCAACUAUAGCUACACAUGAUUUCAACAAAUUGCCUCCAGGAAAUCUAACCUAUAAAACUGCCUUACCUUCAGAACUAAUGAUAAAACCAUUGAAUAGAGCAACUGUAAUGACUGGAGCUGACCUCUUCUCUAAAUUGCAAACGGAAGCUAAUAACUUGAGAAAAGAAAAGAAAAGGAACACUUACAGUGGGAUUCACAAAUUUUUGUACCUCAUCGAAAGAAAACCCGAAUAUCCUUGUUUAGUGAAUUCGAAAGCAGAAGUUAUAUCAUUUCCUCCCAUCACUAACUCGGACAUUAGUAAAAUAGAAGUUACAACAACUAAAAUAUUCUUGGAAGUCACCAGCUCUGCGUCCAUUCAUAUCUGCAAAACAGUAUUAAGUACUAUCCUCAAGGACAUGGUUUUGUUAUUAGAAAAGGAUAUCGAAGUUCAACAAGUGAAGACAGUCGAUCAGUCCGAACAGCUCAAAGUCGUUUAUCCAUCAAAAACUGAUCUUAUAUUUGAAAAGGAUGUUCCUAUAAAGGUAAAUAGAAAAUAAAUGGAACAAAUAAUGAUUCUCUUCCAAUCUGUAUUCUUAAAUUAAACAUUUUUGUUACUACAAU